AAAUUAAAUUUAUUUAAAAAGGAUGGCGAAAGUACCGAAUAAAUGGCUAAAAAACACUUGCAGAGUGUGUGGCAAAUACGCUAGUUUCAAGAAAUCAUUUAAGAUAUUCGAUAAAGCGAAUAAAAAGCUACUAGGCAAUAUAGAAACAAUGACGGGCCUAAGGCUUGAAAGCUAUCCUUGCCUACCUGAGCUGAUGUGCGAGUGCUGCAACAUUGAGCUAACAAGCGCAAUCAGGUUUCGAGACAGAUGCAUCAGUGCACAGCGCGAAUUACUGGCUGGUCUCACUCAACAACAACAGGAGACAAUACCGGAGAAGUACAAAGCACUCAUUAUGGGAAAUGAAGCAUUGACGCCUUCAGCUGAGGAACAAGAAAUCGAAGCUGACUCAGAACCUGAAGUCGAAGCUGAACAGGAAAUUGAUCCUGAUUACCAACAGGCGGAGGAAGACGACCUUGCCAAGCUGUUGCCGGAAAGUAGUGGCACAGUUACAAAAGUGAAAUAUGAGAUAGACCCGGAAUUCACAGAUUUAAUCGAAGCUGAUGAGGAAGACAAUGACUCACUAGUGGAAGAAACACAAUAUGAAUGCCUAAUGGCUGAUGAUGAUGGAAAUAUUGUAAAAAUUGAGAAUGUGUCGGAUCAAGUUAUCGUGCCUGAUCCCACAGAAGUUUAUUUGUAUGAUUCUGAUGACGAGGUGGCCGUUCUAGACAACGUACUCGACGAUGAAUACGAGCAUGAAAAUGUUGUGAAGAAGUGCAAUUUGCCACCGAAGCCAAAAAUCAAACCCGAAGAUCCGCGUCGCAGAGGAGCAGGUGGUGUUUACAUUUGCGAACAGUGUGGCAAUCAUAUAAAGGGACGUAUGGCAUUCGAGUUGCAUUGCCGUAGGCAUCGGGGCGAGAAAGAUUUCCAGUGCGAAAUCUGUGACAAAUGCUUCUGCACAACCUCGGAACUCAAACGCCACAUGCGUAAGCACACCGGAGAACGUCCCUUUGCCUGCCAGUACUGCGGGCGCUGCUUCUCGGACUAUACAACUCGAGUGAAGCAUGAGCGCACCCACACCAAUGAGCGACCCUAUGCAUGUGGCACUUGCGGCAAGGCUUUCACCACGGGUUACAUUCUUAAAAACCACAUGUUGACACAUUCCGGCUUGCGGUCCUAUAGGUGCGAGCUGUGCGAUAAGUCCUUUAUGCUGCCUACUCAUCUCAGUACCCAUAUGCGCACCGGCGUACAUAAGCGUACCUUGGAGAAAUAUCAGAUGAAACAACAAAUGCAACACGACCCGGCAGUUCAGCUUAAGUUGGAAAUGGAUGAGGAAAGCUUGCAUAUUCAGGACUAAUGAAUUCAUAAUUUGUAUAAUUUAAGCUUAACACCCCAAAUAGGAUUA